UGCUGCAGUGCCCCAUCUGGGAUCUUCAGCCAGGGCACUGGCGUAGAUACACACGCUCCGUGCUGGUCUCCCCCCGGCACCUCGCCUGGAGUCCCCACGCCACGACAGUCUCGCCCUCUGCCCCUUUCUCCCUGCCUCCAUCCCGCCAGCACCAUGAGCCGGCCAGAGCUGCUCGCCGUCCUGCUCCUGGCCGUGCCGGCCGUCUCCCUUCCUGUGACAAAUGACAUGAAUAAAGGCGACACUAAGGUGAUGAAGUGCAUUGUAGAGGUCAUCUCUGAUACUUUAUCUAAGCCAAACCCCCUGCCGAUCAGUGAGGAAUGCCUAGAAACUCUCCGAGGAGAUGAGCGAAUUAUUUCUAUCCUUCGCCACCAAAACUUACUGAAGGAACUUCAGGAAAUUGCUGCACAAGGUGCCAAUGAGAGAACUCAGCAGCAGAAGAAAAACAGCGGCUUUGAAGAUGAACUUUCUGAAGUCCUUGAAAGUCAGAACAACAAGAACAAGCAGAGAGAUGUUGCAGGGGAGCGCCCUGAAGAGGAGCAGCCCACAGGGUCCCUGGCUGAGCUGGCAGCAGAGAAGCCCCAGCAAAAUGAAGACUCAAGAGAGGAGGAAAAAAGCCUGGAGGAGAGGGAACCCAGGCCAUGGGAUACCAACCCUGUUGAGAAAGAGGACCGAGAGGAAGCUGAGAGCAAUGACAUCAGGGAUACAGAGGAUACCCAUCGAAACAAAGUUUUGGACAACCACAUUGGCAAAAAUUUCAGUGAGGAUGAGCAGCAGCAAGGGGAUGAAGAGGAGGAGCCCAGAGGCUCCAGGGACAGCCUGGAGCUUGAGGAUGAGGGAGAAGAGCCAUCCAGGCAGGGUCAGAAGCACAGCAAGGAGGUAGCAGGGGAGCGUGUGGAGCGGGAGGACGACGGAGAAGAAGCUGCAGAGGAGGACCCGACUGAAGCAGAGAGGUCACUCGAUUUGGCUGAGGAGGACGAGGAGGCUGAGGAGAUGCAGGGAGGUGACAAUAACGAUGAUGAGCUGGGAUUUGGAAAAGAUGUGCAGAGCUCUGAAGAGGAGGAGGAAGAGGAGGAGGAGGAGCAGCCCCGGGCACUGAGAGGAGGAAGGCAUCGCCUGGAUGAAGAGGAGAUGCAGGGAGAAGAGGACACCUUUCAGCCCAGGGAUGCCAAAAGUGAUGAGAUGGAGGAGGAGUCCUCCAGGGAGUGGGAAGACACCAAGAGGUGGAACAAAAUGGAUGAGCUGGCCAAGCAGCUGACAUCAAAGAAGCGCAUGGAGGAAAAUGAUAGUGAGGAAGACCCAGACAGGUCCAUGAAAAAAACAUUUAGGUCCCGCAAGUAUGCCCUCAGUAGUCCAGAGGAAGAUGCGAGAAGGUCAUGGAAGCAUCACUCAAAGGAAGACAGCAGUGAAGGAGGCUUUCCACUUGCUCCCAUGCCUGAAGAAAAGAAGGAUGAGGAAGGCAGUGCUAACAGGAGAACAGAGGACCAGGAGCUGGAGAGCCUGGCCGCCAUCGAGGCCGAGCUGGAGCGCGUGGCCCACAAGCUGCACGAGCUGAGGCGAGGCUGAGGGCGCGGCGCUGCCCGUGCCGGCGGCAGCAGCGCCGCCACCCUCCUCCCUGCUCCCUCCGUCCCACCGCGCGUCCAUCCCCUGAUCUAAGAGCAGUUAAGCCGAGCAGAAGCACCGUGCCUAGGAACCGACCCCGCUAGCCCCAGGCCUGCCUCCCUCGCCAUAGUGUUGUGCCCAUCGCCGCUGCCUCACCUCAUGCUGCCCUCUCCACACGGAUGUCCACACGCCCGGCAGGGCGCCUGUGGGUGCGAAGUGCAACCUACAUCUGUAUUUUCUGUCUGGGUGGGGUUUUCUCCCUCUUUUUUUAAAAAGACAGGACAGCUUUCUAGAAAGUUCUUUCACUGGUAGUUUCACUGGGUAAAAAACUGCAAUAACUUGUUAUCUUUUGAUUAAAAGCUGAGAACUCUGACUGUAAUAUAUUCUAUAUAAAAAUUUAUCUAAAGAAAAAUAAA